CCAAAAACAUUUUUUUUCUGAAUAAGGCAGAUGCCUUAAAUUAGAGGCAGCACACAACGCUGCAAACAAAUUCCUGCACUACUUUCUAAACGAUGCUGGAAAUUAUGAACGAUGUCGUCGAACGUUAGUUCCCGUUCUUACACCUGCAGAGAAACAGAGGCUACGGCCCAGAGGCUCCAUAUUAGGGUUUCAGUGGCGCAAUGGUGAAGGUGCAAUUGCAGUAGUUGGGGUUCCAACGUUAACGAUGAAUGGUGAGGAAUCGGUGAGAGCGAGUCAGGAAGCUGUUGAAUCGCGAUGGCGUUGAGCAAUUUUCUGUUGACGGUGGCGGCAGUAGGGGCUGGAUUUGUCCUGCUUUCAAGAGAUGUGCGCCGAUCCGCUGUGAAUCUCCGGAGAAAUCUUAAGCAUGUGCGCACCUGGCUUGAGCAGGAACAAGCCUCCUUUGGUUCUGCGUCCAAACAUGCAAAACCCAAGGGAGGUUGAAGCAGGAAAGUCUGAAAAGCUCACCACGAAAGAGGAGAAGCAUUAAGUGUACUCAGUGUGUUUUUAGGGAAUAAUGUAUCGGAGUACUCUACUUGUGUAUCUAGGGCUGUCUACUUUAUUCCACCAUUACGGUAUUAAAUUAUAGGUCUCUUUGUGAGAUAUUGAAGUGGUAAGUCUUGAGGUUUCCGAAUUCUUUUUAAUUCUAUUCACACAUGCAGAUGAUCUCCAGGUUUUAGUUAAGUCCAUCCGACAACCAGCGUCUUGGCGAAUUUUUUAAUCUGCCAAUGAGUGUGGGGGAUUAGAGGCGUUAUUAGAGGCUGAAAGCUCAAUUGCAGUUUGUCUAGAACUAGCCUGUUCUUUAUAUCGACUAGGGUGUGAUGACAGGAAAGUCAAUGUUGGUGCAAGCUCUCAGAAUUAAUCAAUGUUGUGGAAACUUUGAAAGUAAAGACAUUCUGUCAACUCUUUUGCGUGUA